AUGUUGGGAAAAAUUGCAGAGGUGUCUUAUUUAAAACACCUAAUUCAGCAGUUCCCCCAAAAUAUGAAAUUUUGCUUCGCUUAUGGAUCAGGUGCGUUAAAACAGGCUAAUAAUAACGAUAAUAAUAUGUUGGAUCUUAUAUUCGUCGUACGUAAUCCUAAUAAGUGGCACCUUGAAAACUUGGCGAGUAAUCCGAAGCAUUAUGCCCAGCCAUUGAGAUUUCUUGGCCACAAAGCGAUCACUAAUGUGCAGGAAAGAGCAGGUGCUAACGUAUAUUACAACACAUUGGUCAGAACGAGCCAAGGUCAAUUGAUCAAAUAUGGAGUAAUUUCGGAAGUUUCAUUGAUGAUAGAUUUGCUAGACUGGAAUCAUUUGUACUUGGCAGGCAGAUUGCACAAGCCAGUUAAAGUAUUGAUCGAACCAGAUGAAACUUCCCAAUUACGUACCGCUCUCGUGCAGAAUUUACACUCGGCAGUACACGCGGCUCUGUUAUUACUACCUGAACAUUUCACGGAGAUCGAUCUUUUUAAAAAGAUCACUGGUCUAUCUUACUACGGCGAUUUUCGAAUGAUCUUUGGUGAAAACAAAGAAAAGAUCAGUAACAUUGUGUUGCCGCAAUUGCAUCACUUCAAGCAACUGUACGAACCAAUUCUGAAACAUUUUGAUAACUAUGUAGAUAUUCCGAAAUCAGAUGAUGCAGCUGUUACAUGUCGUCAAGAUACAAGUCCAGUGACUAAGAUCCACCAUCUGAAUCAUUUGCCUAGAACACCUCAAGUUAAAUUGGUCAGGGCAUGGUCUCAGGGACCGAGGUCAAAAGAUACAGAGGACUGCUUACGUGCUAUCGCACACGAUCCGGAAUGCUGUGAAAUAUUGGAACGAUCGUUAAAGGAAAUUGUUUGGAGGUCCAGCGUGACACAGAGUCUAAAAGGGAUUUUAACGGCAGGUCUUGUAAAAUCCGUUAAAUACAGCAGCGCCAAGAUAAUAAAGAUGUUGCAGUCAAGCCCUCCUAAGCGUAUCCUGACUAAGGAGCCGGACUCGAGCAAAAUUCAUAAGAUUGUUGAGACCAUUGCAAAGAAGACAGAGACGAAGGACACUGAAAAGCGCGUCGAGUAA